AUGGUAAGAGGAGGAGGUGUCACUGUCUAUCCACCUGAUGACAUUUCUGCCAUUCCUCCUCCUCCUUCCUAUGCUGCUACCAUUGAACAAGAAAGUGCUACUGUGAGCAGUUCUCAGUUUAAAGUACCAGAACAAGUUACUGAUGAUGCUGCAGUGGUUCAUGGAAAAUAUGGAAAAUAUCCACAAACAAAUAUUGAAGAUGAUUAUGAUAUUAACACUCCUGUACAAGUUGAAACACGCACUAGUGAUGCUCAAAUUGUAGUACAGCCAAGGGCACCAUUAGCCACUUUGGACUCAAAUUUUGCAAAUGAUCGUAAAGGAGGACCUAUUAUUGUUGAGUCUCCAAUGAAAGAAUUUGCACCAAUUCAGUUUCGAGAAACUGAAAAAAAUGUGUUUUUUGAAAAGUCUCUUCUAGUUGAUAGCUUAUUUGAAGAGGAUGAAAUAGUUCGUGAUCAUAUUUUUGAUCAUAUCAGUGAUGAGAUGGUUGGAGUUAAGCCACGUCCAGUGGUAUUGAAUAGUAGGAAGAAGACAGGAACACUUGUAACAGGACUUGCUUCAAAGGUUGAAUUGGCUAUAUAUACUGCAUGUCAUGAAGUUCAAACAAGUAAAAAUGAGUACCAGACACAAAAGGUACCAAAAGUUAUUACCCAGCACCCGUAUUAAAGUGAACUUCUUGACAUACAUAUUUGGAUUUUGGACACUUUUUCACACUGCUUUGGACAUUUAAUGCUUGAUUUUGUAUUUACCUUUUUGUAAUAUUAGUAUGUCUAUAAUCAAGGAUAUCACUCUUGAUAUUAUGUACUCUUGCUAUAAUUAUUAUGCAAAGAGCCAAAGACAAUUUGAUUUAAUCUA